CACUCCCCAUUUCGCUUCUCCUACUCUUCCCUAUUUUCCCUGUGGAGAGUAAAACCUUUCGCUCCUUCCUCUCUCGUCGGUUACCCAGAAUCUCGGGCGGUGGGAAUUCUAUCCUUCUUUUCCCGAUAUGGGUGCUUCCCUUCUGCCAGAUCUCGCUACCCAGAUACUGAUUCCGGUAUGCGGGGUCAUCGGAAUUGCCUUCGCCCUGUUCCAGUGGGUGCUGGUCUCGUCGGUCAAGAUGUCUGCCGGCGGCGGCAGGGAUGCGGCCAGCAAGAACGGCAACACCGACUACCUGAUUGAGGAGGAGGAAGGGGUGAAUGACCACAGCGUCGUCGCCAAAUGUGCUGAGAUUCAGAACGCCAUUUCCGAGGUUUUUGGGUGCUCCGAGUUUUCCUUUGGGGUUGGUGGAAAUCUUACGGGAUAUAUGCUAGAUCUGGGAGCCGUAUCUGCUUUAUGAAUUGUGACGCGUGCUCUCGAUGAGCCUGAUUGCCCUUUUGGAUAACCCAUAGCUUCCUCUUUCCUUCGCAUUCCUCUUUUUCUCCAUUGGUCAACCUCUUUCUUAUUCACUAUGUACAAGUAUGUUGGCAUCUUCAUGGUUGCCUUCGCUGUCCUCAUUUUUGUGUUCUUGGGAUCCGUUGAUGGAUUCAGCACAAGUCACCAGGUUUGCACCUACGACGCAACCAAGAUGUGCAAGCCUGCCCUGGCUACUGCUGCUUUCAGUACCAUAUCUUUCUUGCUCGGGGCUGUGACCUCUGUGGUUUCUGGGUUCCUUGGGAUGAAGAUUGCCACCUAUGCAAAUGCUAGGACAACUCUCGAGGCAAGGAAAGGAGUAGGGAAGGCUUUCAUUGUGGCCUUCAGAUCUGGUGCAGUCAUGGGUUUCCUCUUGGCUGCAAAUGGUCUAGUGGUUCUUUACAUUACCAUCAACCUCUUCAAGCUUUACUAUGGAGAUGACUGGGGUGGUCUUUUCGAAGCUAUUACUGGUUAUGGUCUUGGGGGGUCUUCCAUGGCUCUCUUCGGUAGAGUUGGUGGUGGAAUCUACACCAAAGCUGCUGAUGUUGGUGCUGAUCUUGUGGGAAAAGUUGAGAGGAACAUUCCUGAGGACGACCCCAGAAAUCCAGCUGUGAUUGCUGACAAUGUGGGUGACAAUGUUGGUGAUAUUGCUGGUAUGGGAUCCGAUCUUUUCGGUUCAUAUGCCGAGUCUUCAUGUGCUGCCCUGGUGGUUGCGUCCAUCUCAUCUUUUGGGAUUAACCACGAGUUCACAGCUAUGCUUUACCCACUCAUUAUCAGUGCAGUAGGAAUCCUUGUUUGCUUGAUCACCACUUUGUUUGCCACUGAUUUCUUUGAGAUCAAGGCUGUGAAAGAAAUCGAGCCAGCUCUGAAAAAGCAGCUUGUCAUCUCAACUGUUCUCAUGACUGUUGGGAUUGCCGUUGUUAGCUGGGUCGCUCUUCCAGCUUCCUUCACUAUCUUCAAUUUCGGAACACAGAAGGAUGUGACGAACUGGCAACUGUUCUUGUGUGUUGCUGUUGGUCUAUGGGCUGGACUUAUUAUUGGAUUUGUGACCGAGUACUACACCAGCAAUGCAUACAGCCCUGUUCAAGACGUUGCAGAUUCUUGCAGAACUGGAGCUGCCACUAAUGUCAUUUUCGGGCUUGCAUUGGGAUACAAAUCUGUCAUCAUCCCCAUCUUUGCCAUCGCAAUUAGCAUUUUUGUUAGUUUCAGCUUUGCUGCUAUGUACGGCAUUGCAGUAGCUGCACUUGGAAUGUUGAGCACCAUCGCCACUGGAUUGGCCAUUGAUGCUUAUGGUCCCAUUAGUGACAAUGCUGGAGGUAUCGCUGAGAUGGCAGGAAUGAGUCACAGAAUCCGAGAGAGAACUGAUGCCCUCGAUGCUGCAGGAAACACCACUGCUGCUAUUGGCAAGGGUUUCGCUAUUGGUUCUGCUGCCCUCGUCUCGCUGGCACUCUUUGGUGCCUUUGUCAGCCGUGCAUCCAUCACAACUGUCGAUGUGUUGACACCGAAAGUAUUUAUUGGCUUGAUUGUCGGAGCUAUGCUUCCAUACUGGUUCUCUGCUAUGACGAUGAAGUCUGUUGGAAGUGCAGCAUUGAAGAUGGUUGAGGAAGUUCGCAGGCAAUUCAACACCAUCCCUGGACUAAUGGAAGGCACUGCUAAGCCUGACUAUGCCACCUGUGUCAAGAUCUCCACCGAUGCCUCCAUCAAGGAAAUGAUUCCACCUGGUGCCCUUGUCAUGCUCACUCCUCUAAUCGUCGGCAUCUUCUUUGGCGUGGAAACCCUCUCCGGUGUCCUUGCUGGAUCUCUCGUGUCUGGUGUGCAGAUUGCUAUCUCUGCAUCGAACACUGGCGGUGCAUGGGACAAUGCCAAGAAGUACAUUGAGGCUGGUGCAUCAGACCACGCAAGAUCACUCGGUCCGAAAGGAUCAGACCCACACAAGGCAGCAGUCAUUGGUGACACCAUCGGAGACCCGUUGAAGGACACAUCCGGACCAUCGCUCAACAUCCUCAUCAAGCUCAUGGCUGUCGAGUCCCUUGUCUUUGCCCCAUUCUUCGCCACUCACGGUGGCCUGCUCUUCAAGAUAUGAGGAGUAUCCCAUUGAUGGCGAAGUAUCCAACCAGAGGAGCAUCAAGAUGCUUGCUGUCUGGCUUCCUUCUUUUUACCCUCAUCCUCUUCCCCCAAAAACCCCCAUCCUCCACCCUCCAAUGGCCUUCUUUUCUCAGAUAGUUCAGUUUAUAUGUAGUCUGUAGCUUUUGUUCAUGGUCUUUGAUAACGACGAAGAUAGAUAUGGUGAGGAGAAGAACAUUGUCGGUGAUGGUGAAUCCUCGAGGCCAAGGCGAAAAAGAGAGUUGUGACUUGUAGUUUUAUAUGUUUCUUCAUUAGCAAGCAAAAAACAUUUACAUUUUUCGUGUAAUCCCCAGUGUCUUAUUCAUCUUUCGAGUUCUUUUACAGUGAGCUUCUUUUGGUCUCUGCAACUUUUCUUUCUCUAUUUGAGCCGUGUGAGUGUCAUCGCCGUUUCAUACAGGGUUCUCUUUCCUUGUGUUUGUUUAUACGGUUAUCGUUUCAUAUAGGAUUCUAUAUAGUCCGGAUUUUUAUCGACAUAUUGAAGGUCAAAAUGGCAUAAGCUCCUUGUGACCUAAAAGAGUUAAAUCACUAUUUAAUCUCAAAAAGAAAA